AUGACGACAGAUAUAGCCGUGCGAGGUCACGACUUUGGUGGUCGAAUCGAGGAUUACGAAGAAUAUGAUGAAAACUCGUCUGCCAGACUUUUUGAACGUUCACGUAUCAAAGCCCUCGCUGAUGAGCGCGAAAAUGUUCAGAAAAAAACUUUUACGAAAUGGGUGAACUCUCAUCUAUUACCCGUAAAUUGCAAAAUUCAUGAUUUGUAUUUGGAUAUGCGGGAUGGUAAAAUGCUUAUCAGACUGCUUGAAGUACUCUCAGGCGAACGAUUGCCGAAACCAACUCGUGGAAAAAUGCGCAUACAUUGUCUCGAGAAUGUGGACAAGGGAUUGCAGUUUUUACGGGAUCAACAUGUGCAUUUAGAAAAUCUGGGGUCACAUGAUGUCGUUGAUGGCAAUCCUCGUUUAACUCUUGGGCUUAUUUGGACAAUUAUAUUGCGGUUCCAGAUUCAAGAUAUUACAUUCGAAGAUACGGAUAAUCAAGAAACGCGUAGCGCUAAAGAAGCUUUGUUGCUGUGGUGUCAAAUGAAGACUGCUGGUUAUCCCAAUGUAAACGUGCGAAACUUUACCACAUCAUGGCGUGAUGGUUUAGCAUUCAAUGCACUUAUCCAUAAACAUCGUCCUGAUCUCAUUGAAUAUGAAAAAUUGCAAAAAUCUAACGCACUGUAUAAUCUGGGUAAUGCAUUCGAUGUAGCUGAACAGCAACUUGGAUUAGUCAAAUUUUUGGACCCUGAAGAUGUGAAUGUUGAUGUGCCGGACGAGAAAUCGAUUAUUACAUAUGUUGUAACUUACUAUCAUUAUUUCAAUAAAAUGAAACAAGAAACUAUUCAAGGAAAAAGAAUCGGAAAAGUUGUGAAUGAACUGAUGGAAAAUGAAAGAUUGAUUAACGAAUAUGAACGUUUAUCAAGCGACUUGCUGGAGUGGAUUCGACUAACCAUUGAAUCUUUAAACGACCGUCAUUUUAUUAACUUGUUGAGUGGUGUUCAAAAACAACUAGCUGAAUUCAAUAGUUACCGCACUCAGGAGAAACCACCCAAGUUUAAUGAGAAAGGUGAAUUAGAAGUGCUUCUUUUCACUAUUCAAAGUCGCAUGCGUGCCAACAAUCAAAGACCGUAUUUACCGAGAGAUGGCAAGCUGAUCGCAGAUAUCAAUCGUGCUUGGGAAAAUUUGGAAAGAGCAGAGCAUGAAAGGGAACUUGCAUUGAAAGAAGAGAUUAUAAGGCAAGAAAAGUUGGAACAGUUAGCAGCACGAUUUGAUCGUAAAGCGGGAAUGCGAGAAACGUGGUUGAGUGAAAAUCAACGACUUGUUAGUCAAGAUAACUUCGGUACAGAUUUGGCAAGUGUAGAGGCAGCUACAAAGAAGCAUGAAGCUAUUGAGACAGAUAUCUAUGCAUAUGAGGAACGCGUGCAAGCAGUUGUUGCUGUUGCAGGCGAAUUACAAGCAGAAAACUAUCAUGAUAUCGACUUAAUAAAUGAAAGAAAAGGAAAUGUAUUGCGACUAUGGAAUCAUCUUCUUGAAUUAUUAUUAGCUCGUCGUGUCCGCCUAGAACUUUCUAUGGCAGUUCAGCGAAUUUUUCAUGAAAUGGUCUAUGUUUUGGACUGGUGUGAUGAAAUUAAGGCCCGAUUAUUAUCGGAAGAUCUUGGUCAGCAUUUGAUGGACGUUGAAGAUUUACUGCAAAAACAUGCUCUUUUGGAGUCUGAUAUUAAUAUUGUUGGCAAUCGCGUAAAAAAUGUCAAUAAUCAAGCUGAAAAAUUCACGUCACCGAACGGGCCUGAUGGAAGUGGAUAUAAACCAGUAGAACCGGCAUUAGUUGAAGAAAGAAUGCAGAUAUUGCUGGAUCGUUAUUCUGAGUUGAAAGAAUUAGCAGCUGAACGUAAACGUCGCUUAGAAGAUAAUAAACGCUUGUGCCAGUUUUGGUGGGAUGUCGAUGAACUUGAGCACAAUUUGAAAGACAUGGAGCAUGUGCUUACUUCUCCAGAUACAGGACGUGACAUGGUUUCUGUAUCACUUUUACUUUCCAAACACAAAAAUGCUGAAGAGUCACUUGAUAUGGUUGGCAAAAGAUUAGAUGAUCUUGAAAAUAAUGGUCAAUUACUGCAAGAAGAAAAAAUUCCUGGAUCCGAAGCUAUAGAUGAUCGUCUAGCAAUCGUUCGCGAUUAUUUCAAUAAAUUAAAAGAAUUAGCAGCAGAGCGUCAUCUACGUCUUGUUGGUGGUGUCAAUUAUUAUCAAUUUUUCAAUGAUGCUGACGAUGUGGAUGCAUAUCUUGUUGAUACUCUUCGUUUGAUUGGUAGCGAAGACGUAGGAAAAGAUGAGGGCACCGUACAGUUACUUAUAAAGAAGCACGAUGAUGUGAGAGAUGAUUUGCUGAGAUUUGAUGAAAAUAUCAAACAACUGCAUAUUCAAGCUGAGUCAUUGCCUCCUGAAGCUCGGGAGCAUCCGGACGUACGAAGACGAUUGGACAUAACAGAGAGACGCAAGGCAGAAUUGGAAGAGCUUGCGCGACUGAGAAAACAACGUUUAUUAGACGCCCUAUCUCUUUAUAAAUUAUUCAGUGAUGCUGAUAGUAUUGAAGCAUGGAUCGAUGAAAAAGGAAAGCUUUUGGCGACAUUGGUCCCUAGUGAUGAUCUUGAAGAAGUUGAGAUCAUGAAACAUCGUUUCGAAACACUGGAAGCUGAUUUGAAUCACCAAGCUACUAAAGUUGCUACUGUUAAUGAGUUGGCUCGUCAACUUCUUCAUGUUGAUCAUCCAAAUUCAGAUGAAAUUUUGCAACGUCAAAAUAAACUAAAUGCCAGGUGGGCUCAACUACGCGAUAUGGUUGAUCAAAAAAGAAUGGAACUUGAUCAGGCUCAUCGUUUGGAAACUUUCCGUAUCGACUGCCAAGAAACAGUAUCUUGGAUUGAAGAUAAAACUCGAGUACUUGAAGAUUCUGAUGAACUCACUAAUGAUCUCACUGGGGUAAUGAAACUUCAGCGUCGUUUAUCUAUGAUGGAACGUGAUCUUGGUGCAAUUCAAGCUAAACUUGAUUCAUUAGAAAAAGAAGCGACUGAAAUUGAAAAGGAGAAACCCGCACAGGCCGCACAGAUUCGAGAAUAUAUAAAGCGAAUGCACCUGGCAUGGGAUCUUUUGAAUAGGCGGGUUCGUGAGCAUGAAGCAAAACUUGAUGAAGCCGGUGAUUUACAACGAUUCCUUCGUGAUUUAGAUCACUUCCAAGCGUGGUUGACUGCCACACAAAGACAGGUUGCUUCUGAAGAUGAACCACAGUCUCUUGCUGAUGCUGAACAGUUAUUGAAUCAACACGCAGCGAUUCGGGAAGAAAUAGAUGGCUAUGCUGAAGAUUAUGUUAAAAUGAGAGCAAUGGGUGAUCGGGUAACGCAAGAUCAGACAGAUCCACAAUAUAUGUUCCUCCGUCAACGCCUUGCUGGACUUGAAGAAGGAUGGGAAGAAUUGCAAAGAAUGUGGGAUAAUCGACAAUAUCUUCUUAGUCAAGGGCUGAAUUUGCAGGCUAGUUCCUCCCCAGUUAUGUUAUUGCAAUCGAAUAUGGUUGAGAUUUCGGGUAUUAUGUUCCUUCGAGAUGCAAAGCAAGCAGAAGUUAUGCUUUCACAACAGGAAAAUUAUUUAUCAAAAGAUGAAGCACCAACUUCUCUAGAACAAGCUGAAAAUAUGAAAAAAAGACACCAAGAUUUUCUCACUACCAUGGAUGCCAAUGACGAAAAGAUAAAGGCUGUUGUAUCUUUUGGAGACCAGCUCUGUAGUGAUGGCCAUUAUGCAGCGGAUAAAAUUCACAAAAAAGCUCGAAAUAUUGAAGAACGUCGAGAAGCAAAUCGUGAGAAGGCUGGGCAGCUGUCGCAGAAACUUAGAGAUUCUCUUGCAUUACAACAGUUCUUGUCUGAUUGUGAAGAACUUAGAGAAUGGAUUGAAGAGAAAAUGAUUCGAGCACAAGAUGAAACAUACAGAGAUGCCAAAACAAUUACAUCGAAGUUCAUGCGUCAUCAGGCAUUCCAAUCCGAAUUGCAGUCAAAUCGGGAACGACUUGACCAACUUCGUCAUGCUGCAAUCAAAUUGGGAGAAGAGAAACCAGAAUUUCUUGGUACUAUUGAUCCACAAAUUACUGAAUUAUCAGCACAGUGGGAGCAACUUGAGAAAACAACUGUGGAAAAGGGACAAAAGUUGUUUGAUGCCAAUCGGCAGCAACUUUAUGUGCAGAGUAUUUCUGAUAUGAAGGAGUGGGCUGAACAACUUCAACAACAAAUGAUAAGUGCAGAUACUGGCCAAGAUUUGACAACAGUCAAUGUUGCGAUGCAGAGGCAACAACUCAUAGAAAGUGAAAUGGUAAAAAGGGCUGCACAAAUUCAUUCAUUGCAGCAAAUGGAACCACAACUUGAAGAAAUGCAUCCAGACGAGGUGGAAGCAAUUAAAGCACAUCGUUUGGCUGUACAAGAACAGUUACAGCGACUGCAAGCACCUCUUGAUGACCGACGUCGUCAGCUAGAGCGUAAAAAACGAGCCUACCAGUUCCUACGUGACGUAGAAGAUGAAAAGUUGUGGUGUGCAGAACGUUUACCUUUAACACAAACACGUGAACUUGGUGACAGUUUAUACGAUUGCCAUCGUCUGCAGAAGAAAAUGCAAUCAUUAAAGAAUGAAAUUGAUAAUCACGAACUUUGGAUUGAAAAAAUUUGUCAAAAUGGUUGGGAACUUGUAAAUGAAGGUCAUGAAAAUAGUGCAGAAUUUCAACAAAAGAUUGAUGAGUUGAAACAAGUGUGGCAGAAUUUAAAAGAUUCAUUGAACAAACGAAAAGAACAUUUGGCAGAGAGCGAAAAAGCACAUCAAUUCUUAUACGACUGUAAUGAAGCCGAAGCGUGGAUGAGCGAACAAGAACUUUACAUGAUGCAGGACGAACGUGGAAAAGACGAGUUUUCCACAGAAAAUCAAAUCAAGAAGCAUGAACGCUUGCAACAAGAUAUUAAUCAGUAUGCAGACACGAUUCGAAAUUUGGCAUUGCAGGCACAAAAAUUCAUUGAUGAAAAACGCCCCCUGUGGGAGCAGAUAAGUGUGCGACAAUCUCAAAUCGAAAAAUUAUAUGCUGGUUUGCAAGAUUUAUGCAAAGAGAGACGGAAACGUUUAGAUGAGACAUUACAGCUAUAUGAACUUCAUCGUGAGAUUGAUGAUUUACUGCAGUGGAUUGCUGACAAAGAAGUUGUUGCUGGUUCUCAGGAAACAGGGCAGGAUUAUGAGCAUGUACAGAUGCUUACAGAACGGUUUCUACAGUUUGCUAGAGACACUGAAAAUAUUGGAUCGGAUCGAGUAGCAAAUGCCAAUGAUGCAUGUGAUCAGCUGAUUGCUCUCGGACAUUCGGAUGCUCCUACAGUUGCGCUGUGGAAAGACAGCUUAAAUGAAGCAUGGGAAAACUUAUUAGAACUAAUUGAUACACGAAUGCAAAUGUUGGAAGCUUCUAGAAUGCUUCAUAAAUUUUUCCAUGAUUGUCGAGAUUGUUUGUCUCGUAUUUUGGAGAAAAAUCAUUCUAUACCCGAAGAUCUUGGACGAGAUUCGUCUUCGGUAGGUGCAUUGAAACGGAAGCACCAAAAUUUUUUGAAAGAUAUUGAAGCAAUUGGACAACAAGUUGCGCAAAUAGAGCGUGAUGCUUUAGAAUUACGUGACUCUUACGCAGGAGAUCGAGCAGUUGAAAUAGGUGUACGCGAAGCAGAUGUUCAAAAAGCAUGGAGGCAGCUACGUGCAGUAUGUGACGCACGUUCGGUGCGACUGGGUGAUACAUCAGAUUUAUUCCGAUUCAUGAACAUGGUCCGUGAUCUGUUACUAUGGAUGGAUGAGGUUAAGCGAGAGAUGAGUUCGCAGGAGAGACCCAAGGAUGUCUCUGGUGUUGAAUUGCUGAUGAAUAAUCACCAAAGCCUGAAAGCAGAAAUUGAUGCCAGAGAAGAGAACUUUAACGCAUGUAUUUCGUUAGGGCGUGAUUUGCUGAAUCGUAAACACUAUGCAUCAUCGGAAAUUGAAAAAAAAUUAAUUAAAUUAACCACUGAGAGAGCUGAAAUGAUGCGACGAUGGGAGGAUCGCUGGGAGUAUUUGCAAUUGAUACUAGAAGUUUAUCAAUUUGCGCGAGAUGCAGCAGUAGCCGAGAGUUGGUUAAUGGCGCAGGAACCAUAUCUUAUUUCAAAAGAAUAUGGGCGCAAUCUUGAAGAGACAAUUAAAUUAAUCAAAAAGCAUGAAGCAUUUGAAAAAUCAGCUGCUGCACAAGAAGAACGAUUUUUGGCUCUUGAGAAACUAACAACGUUUGAACUAAAAGAGAUGCAAAGGCAAGAUAUUGCCGAGGGAGAUCGAAGAGCACCAAAUGGUGAUGCACGCCGUGGAACUCCUCAACGAGCAGCACCAACAGCAGCUGUUGGCGAACGACCUACUGGGACAGCUUUUUCAGUAGAGAGAGAACCUGAAAUAUCAGAUGAUUUGGGUCCCGAAAAUUUGCAUGAUACAACGAUGAGUAGUGGAGAUAGUGUUUCUCUCUUACGAAAAAGAAAACAUACUGCUGACCGUAAUAAUCGACUGGUAUCAUCAGAACCUUCUGGCUGGCGAUUAUCGUUGUCAAGAUCGGCGCGUUUCGAUGCACAGGAUUUGCGGGGAGUUGAAGUUGGUGGUGCUUUCGAAGGUGUGUUAAUUAGAAAGCAUACUUAUGAAGCACUGGAUCGCAAAGCAUCAAACAGGUCAUGGGAAAAAGUGUAUGCUGUAUUACAUGGAUCACAGUUAGCAUUUUUCAAAGAUCAGAAACAUAUGGAGGAAAAUGCUCUUUUCCAUGGAGAAGAACCAGUGAAUUUAGAGGGAUGUUCGGUUAAUGUUGCUGCAGAAUACACGAAAAAGAAGAAUGUGAUAUCACUGCGAUCUCCAGGGGGCGCAGAAUACUUGUUGCAAACUGCCAGUGAUGAAGACAUGGAAAGAUGGUUACGGCGAUUACAGCUGUCUACGAGGCAGUCUCAAGAAGAAGCAGCUCGUUCUCAAACACUUCCAGCUGAAGGGUCUGUAAAAGCAAGAAAAGGAUUUUUCAGCCGCGGAAAAAAGUAA